AUGGCGCCAGUGCCAACAGAUACAGCAGCUUGGACCGCGUCUGGUCCAGGAAGCUCUGCAUCGGGCUCCACCGGAAUUACAACUCCCGAGCUUGUUCUCCCUGCCAAGAACAGGAAGAGGGCCUGUGUUGUUGGCCUCGGAAUGGUCGGCAUUGCUUUCAUCGAGAAACUGCUCAAGUAUGACCUUCAAGGCGGUCGAGACGAGUGGGAGGUAAUCGUUUUUGGAGAGGAGCCUCACAUUGCCUACAACCGUGUCGGCUUGACGCAAUACUUUGCCAACCGCUCUGUCGAGUCACUCUACCUCAAUGAGCUCGGCUGGUACUCUUCGCACGCCAAAGGCAAGCUCUCAUACCACACUUCGGAUCAAGUGACCGCUAUUGAUGCCGAAAACAAGAUCGUUCGCACCAAAAAAGGCAACGAGAUUCGCUACGACGAAUGCAUCCUGGCCACCGGAUCGGACGCCUCGUUGCCACCCUACAUCACGCGCGACCGAUUCUAUCAAACCAAGGGAACUUUCGUUUAUCGCACGAUCAAGGACCUGGAUGACAUCAUUGCAUAUGCAGUCGAUGCGCCCAAGACCCUUGGUCGACGCAUCCGAAAAGCGGGUGUUAUCGGUGGUGGUCUCCUAGGUCUCGAAGCCGCCAAGGCGCUCUUGGAUCUCGAGGAGGUCGAUCAAGUUGUGCUUGUAGAGCGUAACCGCUGGGUUCUGUCUCGACAGCUCGAUCAAGAGGGCGGUACCUUGGUACUACAGAAGGUCCGAGAUCUCGGUGUCGAAGUGCUUCUUCAAGCUCGUGUGCGCGACCUCAUCUGGAACGACGAGGGCCGCCUAACAGGCAUGCUCAUGUACGGCAAGGAAGGCGAAGAAGAUGAACCUUUCGAUAUUGACAUGCUUGUCUUUGCUGUCGGUAUCACGCCCAGGGAUGAGCUCGCCAAGGCUAUCCCUGGUAUGGAGACCAAAGCACGCGGAGGCGGCUUCAUUGUCAACGAUUCCCUCUGCACCUCCGUCCGCAACAUCUAUGCUAUCGGAGAAUGCGCUUCGUUCGAAGAGCAGACUUUUGGCCUCAUCGCUCCAGGUAUCGAAAUGGCCGAAGUUCUUGCUUUCAAUCUAACCGAAGGUCCUUACCACGCUAUGCGAAAGAUGAAGUCACCCGACGUCUCUACCAAGCUCAAGUUGAUGGGCGUUGACGUGGCCUCCUUUGGUGACUUCUUUGCCGAUCAGGGCAAGAUCAGCAAGCCUCUUCCAGGCAGCAAAGGUGUUUCGAAGAGGUCAAAGUCGGCCGAGGCUGUAGAGAUGACCCCUGAAGAGAUCAAGAAAUCGGUCAAAGCCCUCACCUAUCGUGAUCCUUUCUCGGACGUAUACAAGAAAUAUAUCUUCACCAACGACGGCAGAUACCUUCUCGGUGGUAUGAUGGUAGGCGACGUCAAAGACUACGUUAAGCUGGUUGCGCUCUGCAACAAGGGUGAUGCCAUCGAGAAGCCACCUGCCGAGCUGAUUAUCGGCGCCAAGAAGGAAGGCGAGGAGGAAGGCGAUGACCUUCCCGACGAGGCUCAAGUAUGCUCUUGCCACAAUGUCACCAAGGGAGAUCUUAUCCGCUGCGUCAAAGAGGGCGGUGUUCGCUCCAUCGGAGAAAUGAAGUCUUCAACCAAGUGCGGUACCGGCUGCGGUGGUUGCAUGCCACUAAGCACAUCUAUUCUCAACAAGGCGCUCAAGGAAGCUGGUGUCGAAGUUUCAAACCACCUCUGCGGUCACUUUGCCUACAGUCGACAAGACCUCUACCAGAUCAUCAAAUUCAAGAAGCUCAAGGACUUCACCACUGUCAUGAGUACCGUUGGCAAGAAGGCUGACAGUCUCGGUUGCGAAGUCUGCCGUCCCGCCAUCGGUUCCAUCCUUUCUUCGCUCUACAAUGACUGGAUCAUGGCACCUCAACUCCGUCAGACCCAAGACACCAACGAUCGAUACCUCGCCAACAUGCAGCGCGACGGUACUUACUCUGUUGUGCCGCGCCUGGCUGCCGGAGAAAUCACUCCGGCUGGCCUCAAAGUGAUCGGUGAGGUGGCCGAAGAGUACGGUCUGUACACCAAGAUCACUGGUGGUCAGCGAAUCGACAUGUUUGGUGCCAAAAAGCAGGACCUUCCUGCCAUCUGGACCAAGCUCGUCGAUGCUGGCUUCGAGUCAGGCCACGCCUAUGGUAAGGCGCUGCGAACGGUCAAGUCGUGCGUCGGCAGCACAUGGUGUCGAUAUGGUGUAGGUGACUCGGUCGGCCUCGCACACGAGCUCGAAACGAGGUACAAGGGCAUUCGAGCUCCUCACAAGUUCAAGGGAGGUAUCUCUGGCUGCGUUCGUGAGUGUGCCGAAGCUCAGGGCAAAGACUUUGGACUUAUCGCCACCACGAAAGGCUGGAACGUCUAUGUCGGAGGCAACGGUGGUGCUAAACCGCGUCAUGCCGAGCUCAUCGCUGAAGACGUUACCCGGCGCCAAGCGAUCAAGAUCCUCGACCGUUUCAUUCUCUUCUACAUUCGAUCGGCCGACAAGCUUGAGCGUACUGCUCGAUGGAUCGAGAAGUUCCCCGGUGGCCUCAAAGGCCUCAAGGAGGUCAUCGUCGAUGACAAGCUGGGCAUUUGCGAGGAUCUCGAGAAAGAGAUGGAGGUGCUCGUCGGCACCUACCACUGUGAAUGGACCAAGGUGGUUCGCGAUCCCACUCGCCACAAGGCUUUCCGUCAAUUUGUCAACACCGACGAGACACAGCCUGUAUCAGAGAUGAUGUCGGAGCGCGACCAACAACGACCUGCUGACUGGCCGGUCGAGACAGGACCGCUUCACUUCAGCAUCCUCGACGUGGCAAAGGAAGCGGUCUGGGAAUGGAGAAGCGUCUGCAAGUACACUGACCUCGACCCUCAGAAAGACUCUCCCUCCUCGGCAACCAUCAAGUACGGUGACACUCAGAUCGCCGUUUGGAACAUUCCUGGCCGCGGUGUUCGAGCUGCUCAAAACAUGUGCCCACCUCGUCGUGCCUUUGUGCUCGCCGACGGUCUUGUAGGUGAAGACGACAAGGGUCGCGAGUAUGUCUCAUGUCCUCUGCACAAGCGCAACUACAUUCUCUCGGCCAACGCCGAUGAGGAAGGUGGCAAGUGCAACGAUGGUGACUAUUCGAUUAUGACAUUUGAAGCCAAGAUGGACGAGGAGAAGGAUCUCGUCUAUCUGAAGCUACCUCCCACCGAGGCGCUCGACGCGGUGCUUUCAACGUCCAAAUGGAUGCUUCGACGAGCUACUGAGGAGUCGGAUGCCAUGGCCGGUGGCCAAUCUCACUCGGUCGAGAUCACCGGCCCUCUUGACAUGGACACACUGGAAAAGGGCCCUUCGAGUCCUAACAAACCAGGUUCACCACCUGCAAAGAAAACGAAAGCUUCGUGCGGUGAACAGUCUUCGCUUGACUGGUAA